CUGACAAGACCAUGCCCCACCGGCCCCGAGGACCCCACGCCGGGCCGGCUUAGAGACGACGUGGCUGCCCAGCGCUUGGGCCAGGCCGUCCCUGCCCGCUCCUCCUCUGUCGCUGGAGAACGGCCGGGCUGAGCCGCUGGGAGAAGCAGGACAGAGCCUUCCGGGGCCUCGGCCCGGGGACCCGUGGAGGAUGAGCUGGCUCCUUCCCCUGACCAAGAGCGCCUCCUCCUCCGCAGCUGGGUCCCCCGGUGGUCUCACCAGCCUCCAGCAGCAGAAGCAGCACCUGAUCGAGUCCCUCUGGAACUCACACUCCAGUAUAGCUGAAAUACAGAAAGAUGUGGAAUACAGGUUGCCUUUCACUGUAAAUAACCUGACAAUUAACAUUAACAUAUUGCUUCCUCCACAAUUUCCUCAGGAAAAACCAGUGAUCAGUGUUUAUCCACCAAUACGGCAUCACUUAGUGGAUAAACAAGAAGUGUAUGUUACCUCUCCAUUAGUAAGCAAUUUUACAAUGCAUUCAGAUCUUGGGAAAAUUAUUCAGAGUCUGUUGGAUGAGUUUUGGAAGAAUCCUCCAGUUUUAGCUCCUGCUUCAACAGCAUUCCCAUACCUGUACAGUAACCCAGGUGGGAUGCCUCCUUAUGCUUCUCAGGGUUUCCCAUUUCUUCCUCCGUAUCCCCCACAAGAAGCAAACAGGACUAUCAGCUCUUUAUCUGUUGCUGACACUGUUUCUUCUUCAACAACAAGUUAUACAACUGCCAAACCCACUGCUCCUUCAUUUGGUGUCCUUUCAAAUCUGCCAUUGCCCGUUCCCACAACAGACACUUCAACACCGAUAAGCCAAAAUGGUUUUGGUUACAAGAUGCCUGAUAUUCCUGAUACAUUUCCAGAACUCUCAGAACUAAGUGUGUCACAACUGACAGAUAUGAAUGAGCAAGAGGGUGUAUUGCUAGAGCAGUCUGUGACUUUGCCUCAACUAAAACAAAUUAUUACUGACAAGGAUGACCUAGGAAAAAGUACUGAGGAACUAGCAAGAAAAAAUCUCUUUUUGGAGCCCAGCUUGGAAGCCAAAAGGCAAACUGUUUUAGGUAAGUAUGAAUUACUUACCCAAAUGAAAUCAACUUUUGAAAAGAAGAUGCAAAGGCAGCAUGAACCUGGUGAGAGGUAUAGUGCAAGGUUAAAAGCAGCUGCACAUGAAGCUGAGGAAGAGUCUGAUGAUACUGCAGAUUUCUUGGAGGGAAAAACGGAUAUAGAUGAUUUUCUCAGUAGCUUCAUGGGAAAGAGAACAAUUUGCCACUGUAGAAGAGCCAAGGAAGAGAAACUUCAACAAGCGAUAGCAAUGCACAGCCAGUUUCAUGCUCCACUAUAGAUUUUCCUGAAAACAUGAACUGCAAAGAGCGGAAUGGGACACAGAACUAGGCACGUUUAUAUUUAUGAUUUGCAAAUUGGCAUUUCAUCACAAUGGCUGAAUUCCGAGAUGUAUUGUAUAGGUUGUAUACAGAACUGAGACUGAUUUUGUAUAGAUUAGAAUGAUUGCUAUGAUAUUUGCUUUGAAAUUUUUUUCUGCACUAUUUGCACUAAAAAUGUUUAUUUAUUGUUGAUAAAUUCUAUCAUAUUUAAGUUCCACUGCUGUUCCUCUCUUAUUACUGA